AUGCCGCACCCGAGGAAACGUGGAGGCAGGUUUGGAGGCACUACAAGUAGCGCAGAUGCCUCUCAUCUUGAUAUUGGUAUCGAAGAGCCAUUUCCUUUGGAGCUCGCCACUUUUCUGGAAGAUUUGCCCCGCGGGGAUCUCGAUUCGAGCCAGCGCUUAAGAGGCUCCGCAUCGAUAGGUCAGACCAUCCAUUCGGUUGGUCCUUCGUACUUUUUCCCCCAGAAUGGAAGGACUGGUACUGGAGGUGAUGAAUGGUCGCCUCUAGACUUCUACGAGGCCGCUUACGUUCCCGCCACGGAUGAUAGCGUAUCAAGCACCAUCAGCGUGCCCGGAAUGACGUCGGCGCUCUAUCCUUUCCAGAAGAGGACCGUGCAGUGGCUCUUGCGACGUGAAGGCGUCGAGUGGGUUAAAGAAGACGGCAACGAAGGCGGCGUACAAGACAUUAACACCCCGUCUACCGAUGGCCUUCCACUCUCAUUCCGGCGAGUACGGGAUCUGAAUGGAAAAGAAGGCUAUCUUAGCGAUAUAUUCCAUUUGAUCACUACCGAUCUGUCGAAUUUCCGCGCUUCCGAACAGGUGCUAAAGGGAGGGAUUCUGGCCGAGGAGAUGGGUCUUGGAAAAACUUUAGAGAUGAUUGGGCUCAUACUCCUUCAUCCUCGGCCCGGUCGCAGCUUGGCCGUCAACUUUGACGACCCAAAUCUUCUCAACCCAACGGGCGCUACCUUGAUAGUGACACCUACCCCUCUACGCCAGCAGUGGAUGGAUGAGCUCUUACGACAUGCUCCUCAUCUAAAAAUAAUGAACUACGGAGGCUGCAAAGUUCAGGGCCGAGAGGAAGAGCUCAGCCUCGUGUAUGAGCUAGCCGAGCAGGAUAUCGUCAUCACGACGUACCAGGUCCUUUCGGCAGAACUUAGCUAUGUCCUAGAGCCACCGGCAAGAUCUCGGCGCCACGAAAGGAAGUACUAUCGCACAAAGUCGCCCUUGAUGCAGCUCCAGUGGUGGAGGGUGUGCUUGGACGAAGCGCAAAUGAUAGAAAGUGGAGUUAGUCGCGCAGCAGAGGUCGCUAAGCUUGUACCGCGGGUGAAUGCUUGGGGAAUUACGGGAACGCCCGUGAAGAAUGUGGUACAGGAUCUCCGUGGCUUGUUAAUAUUUCUCCAGUACGAACCAUUCAACUUCCUUACCGAGUCAUGGAGGGACCUCACCACGCUAGAUAAGCCGGCCUUUCGGCAGCUCUUCCGUAGGCUUGCUCUCCGGCACACCAAAGCCUUGGUCAGGGACGAGAUCAAACUGCCACGUCAGAACCGCUACGUCAUCACUGUUCCUUUUGCUGCGGUGGAGGAACAGCACUACCAGUCAAUGUUCAAGCAGAUGACUGAGGAUUGCGAUGUCGAUGCCCAAGGGAAUCCCGUGGCCGCGCUCCACCCCGAAGUUUUGAUCCGGCGCCUCUAUGGGGGUGCUAAAAACAGGCCAAUGCGAACGGUGGACGAAGUCUUGGACGCCAUGAUAGAGCAGAAUGAAAAGCUCAUUCUAACCGAGCAGAGAAGCUAUCUCAUGUCAAUGCUUACACGCGGGCAGCUCCUUGAAAAUGGGCCCCGUGUCCGGGAAGCUCUGUCUAUCUGGGAAAAGGUCAGGGAUACCACAUCUCCUCUUGUUGAUAAGAUGCAAAAGAAACUGGACAAUGCCAUACACGAAGCCUCGGGCGGGCGCAUCUCCGUUGAGGGCGCUGAUGGCUACGAGCUGGAGAAUGAGACGUACAGCCAAGAACACCAAGCGAAGAUAACCGAGCUACGCCGGAGAUUGCGGUUAAUGCUCGAGGUCUAUCACCGGGCCAUCUUCUUUUGCGCCAGUGCGUACUUUCAGAUCAAGGAAAACAAAGAUUUGACGGAACCGGAUUCGGAGGGAUUCAACCAGCUUCAGGGCCUCGAGGACGAGAGCUAUGAAAAGGCCAAGGCCGUUCGUCGCAAGAUACUAGCCGAGACCUUUCGCAAAAUCGAAGCUCUUAGGAAUCGCCUAACGAGUCGCGCUUCCGAGCAGGCCUUCGCUGUGGUCCCCGAGCUCAUUACGAGAAAGGAGCGCGGACUAGAAUCGCGCACCUUGAUUGAGCAGCUCGAGGAAUUGUAUGAGAUGCUCAACGACCAAGCUAAUCAGCUAGACGAGUGGAGGGAACAAGUGGUACAAAUUCUGCUCGAACCUCUAGUCGACCAGGAUGAGGAGGGGGUUGAGCGUACGGGAGAAGAAUUUUCUGAUUCUACCAAGUUACAAGACAAACUCUUAGCUUAUGUUUCCGUUUUGAGGGCGGCGGUUUCGGAUCGCCAGGAUGCUAUCACGGGGCAGAUCAACGAGCGCGUGCGCCACGAGAUGCACAUGGAAACAGCCAAUGCGUUGGACGGCACGACCUCUUAUGGACCGCUUUUCCUCGAACUCAAGGAGGUCCGCGACAAGCUCAAGCCAGAUCCUAGCCAGACAUCGCUGCGUGGGAUCAUCAGUGGACUACGGCAAAUCAAGAACAAGUAUGCUAGGGAAGACAGCAACUCUGGUGAGCGGCAGGCACUGGAGACGCGGGUGGUCAACGCACACAUGAUGGCGAUCCAGAAAGACACCAUCGCGCAGACCAAGGCGGCCACGGCGAUGGAAUCGGAGCUGGAGCUCUUCACUACAAUUAUGAACGCACGCGUUGACUAUUAUCGUCAGUUACAGAUGGUAUCCGACAGCGUGCUACCGUACAAAGGCGACAAAGAUGACGACGCAAUGCAGAGGCUGCGGGCCACGGAAGACAAACUACAGCAGAAGUUGGCUGCGGCCGAGUCCAAGCACAGAUACCUGGUGAAUCUGCAGGAGGCGGGGUCAAAAUCAAGCGAGCCGAGAAUCUGCGUUAUCUGCCAGACGGCGUUUGUAACCGGAGUCUUGACGAUUUGCGGACACCAGUUCUGCAAGGAAUGCAUGAUGCUCUGGUUCCGGGCGCAUAGGAACUGCCCCGUAUGCAAACAGCAUCUCAAGCCCUCGAACCUACAUGAUAUCGUGCUCAAGCCGCAGCAGCUGAGGAUACAUGCCGAGGCCAUCGGGGAGGACAACGGAGAAGGGGAGGCAGUCGGUCGACAUCCGGACAAGUUGGAGGCGAUAAGAGAUGUUGAUCUGGAUGGUCCCUCCUUCACCACAAAGGUGGAUAAUCUUGUUCGGCAUCUGCUAUGGCUGCGGGAAUCUGAUCCGGGUUCCAAGUCCAUCAUCUACUCAUCGUUCUCGUACUUUCUCCUCAUCUUAGAAAAUGCCUUCAGGCGCUAUCGAAUAGGAUACACGUCGAUCACGAGAUCAGAUGGCAUUAAAACUUUCAAGGAAGAUCCCGGAAUAGAGGUAUUCAUUCUUCAUGCGCGAUCGCAUUCGAGCGGGCUCAACCUCGUGAAUGCGAACCACGUCUUCCUAUGCGAGCCUCUCCUCAACACAGCCCUCGAGCUGCAAGCGAUUGCCCGCAUCGACAGGAUCGGGCAGCAGCACGAAACCACGGUGUGGCUCUACAUCAUCGAUGGGACGGUGGAGGAGUCCAUCUACAACCUCUCGGCCCGCGGCACUACGGCGGCGGAGUUUGACAUGGCGAAUGCGAUCGAGAUGGAGCAGGCCCCGGAGCUGUCCCGCCUUAUUCGGAAGGACGGCAUUGGCGGCGAGGUUGUCGACAAGCGCGACACCCCACCGAUCGAAACCGCCGCACCCAUGGCUUCCACCACCGAGGUCAUGGCCAACCGCGACCUCUUCCUCCGUGUCCAGGUCGCGUCGAUGGGGGCUUGGGACGACUUCCUCGACAACAUCCGAUCCCCCGAUGCCCUCGCCGACCUCCUCCUCCGACCCCGCGCCGGCAACAGCGACUGCCUCGAUCCGCGGAUUCCCCUCUACCUCCAGACCGUCCUCGAGCUCGAAUAUAUUGACCCUCCCGCCAUCCUCAAGGCUCUAUACCGCUAUUCCACAUCCCACACCCAGUCGCAAAGCGGCGUCGAGAAGCUACCUCCCAUCAGGUGGCGGAGCUCCUACUCGGCCGAGGAGGUCAUGUUCUACCGCCUUACCAAGGUUGUUGUGCAUGGCGGCGCCAUCCGGGCCCCGAGCGAUGCCCUUCGCAUGAUGGACAUCGUAGCGCGGUGGAUGGCGCUGUUUACCGCGGCGUUUAGGACUUUGCUGCCGACGUCAUGGGUCAGCUGGAUAAUACUGGUCCGAGGGAGGAAAUGGAAGGCGCGGAAAUUGAUGCUAGAAAGUCUGGUCCAUUUUGUACCAACAUUGCAGAAUGCAUCCAUUGCUGAGCGAUUGGAGCUCUUCCGCUCGACGCUGUCAAGUUUCGAACCGGUUGAGAAGGUAAAGGAUGGCGAGGAGGCCAAAGGCCUAGAUGAAAUGCUCGACUCGAGCGUAGGGUUGGACACCGUGAUCCUACCGGAGCUUCACAUCACCAACUCCCGCGCAGGCCUAUACAUUUAUCUCAAUGCAUGCGCCACUCCAUGUUCCCCCACCACUCCGGAAUUCUGCAUCACCGAAGCCCUCAACCAGGUCGACACCAGCACCUUCCCGACGCUCUCUUCCAUGUUUGACGACAGCCCAAACACCAACCCGCUCACCGACAACGUGCGCGAAGAGUUUUGCUUCGCGUGCUGUCUACACAACCUCAUGCCCCAGUCGCACAUUGAGACGCUCCUCGGCGAGAAUACGUACCAGACGCUGCCCUCGGGCGGGCGCUACGUGAAGGAGGACUUGGUGCGGGACUGCGCCGCCGACCCGGAAAAGUUUCAGAGCUUGAUAGGCGAGCUCGACAACAUGGAUGGGAAUGUGGGCGCCGUCUGCCAGGCGCUGACAGAGGUACUUGGACGGCUCUGCGCAAACAAGGAGACCAUGUCGCUGAAAACGCUGUGCAGCCAAUUGGCUAGGAAGCCUCUGAGCUUGGACGUCAUGCUUCUCUUUGUUAAGCCUGCUAGUAUCCUCCAGCCCAUCUGCGACCUGCUAGACAACUGGCAGUACGAGGAAGACCAAGGAGAGUACCAACCAGUCUAUGAAGAGUUUGGCUCGAUUUUGUUGCUGCUGCUCGCGUUCGCGUACAGGUAUAACCUGACGCCCGCGGACAUUGGCAUCAGGUCUCGCGACUCGUUCGUCUCGAAGCUGCUCAGCCAGGGCCACCUUGGCCGACCUCUCGAUAGCCUUACCGAGCAGGAACAGGAGCACUUGGAUGGCUGGAUCCGCGGGCUCUUUGACACAGACACGGGGGUCUGGGAGACGAACUGA